CCGUCGCCGUCCAGCCCAAACCAGCCCACGCCAACGCCGUCCGUCGCCAUCCCAGACCAGCCUUGCCCACGCCGUCCGUCGCCGCAUCUCCCUCGCUCAUCGCACUCCAGCUCAUCUCCCUCACUCAUCACCGUCGCCGUCCGUCGCCGUCGCAAGCUCUCAUCUCACUCAUCAAGCUCUCCACGCCGUCGCCGUCCCAGCCCAGCCCACGCCGUCGCCGUCGCCGUCGCCGUCCCAGCCGAUCCACUUCAGGGACACAGAGUUACGUAGAGACCUAACAUUUAUCACGGGUAUCAUGAACGGGGAUAUAGAAAUUGAGUCUCAAUUUUUGGGAACGUCUCAAAAUACUCCUACGUCAGUUUCUGAUUCUCCACCUCCACCACCACCACAAGUUGAAAAUACCUCUUCUACAAAAGGAAAACGGGGCUCUAAUUUUACUGUAGAGGAAGAUAAACUUUUAGUGGCAGCAUGGCUCAAUACUAGUGUUGAUGCCAUAAGCAGUAAUGAACAAACACAAAAUACCUUUCGUCAAAAAGUUUGGGAAUAUUUUAUGCAGUACAAUACAUUCGGUACCACACGCACUGUUAUCUCCUUACUAAGUCGUUGGGGUACGAUUAGUGAAAAGACAAAUAAGUUUGCUGGGUGUAUGGCUCAAAUUAACGCACUUCAUCAAAGUGGUAUAACCGAAGAAGAUAAGAUUAUCAAUGCGAAGGCUUUGUAUUUAGAGAAGUACAAGAAACCCUUUCUUCUUGAUCAUUGUUGGCUCAUGUUAAAGGACCAACCAAAGUUUGCCGAUCCUAAUAAUGCUAGAUCGAGAUCAUAUGUGCCUCCAACUUCAGAGGCAAUAUCUAUUAGUGAAGGGGAUUGUGGGUCCGGGCUUGGUGACACUUCUAACUUGGAGAGACCUAUUGGUAGGAAGGCCGAAAAGGCCAUCCGAAAGAACAAAGCCGCCGGAAAAGAUGUAGGGGAAUAUUUGAACAAAAAAUUGAAAUUGAUUGAGGAUGUAACUCGGUUGGAAGAGGAAAAAAUGUCUUUUGAGAGGGAAAAACUUGCAAUUGAAAAGGCAAGUAGAGAAGAAAAACUUAAGAUUGAGAAGGAAAGAAUGAUUAUUGAGAAGAAAAAAUGUGAGCGAGAAGAAAGGCUAGAGGAAGAGAGAAUCAUGAUGAUAGAUACAAGUGGCUUAACCGGAGCACAAAAAGCUUUUUAUGAACAACUCCAAGAAGAAAUCAUGGCAAAACGAAGAUCAUGUAAUUAAUGAGUUUAAUUGUAUUUUGGAUGUAA